AUGACCCUUACUGAAAACUCUUCCCAAAAUACAUUUAACAACCUCAAUGGAUGGAAUGUAGUUAUUUCCUGGAGAAAAGAAAAUUUUGAAUUGAAUCAUGAUCAAGUUGGUUACUUAACAAAUAUGUAUGCUUCGGAAAUCUUUCCGAGGCUAUAUAUGGGCAGCGUACUGGCAGCUUCUGAUAGAGCAUGGUUGAUGGAUCAUAAAAUUACUCACAUUCUUUCGGUUACAGAUCACGCUCCUCCUCAGUUUCUAGAGUCUUAUAAGUACAAAACAAUCUCAAUACGAGACUGUGAAAAUACAAAUAUAAUGGAAUAUUUUGAUGAUGCUUAUGAAUUUAUUUGUCAAGCUUUAAAAGAGAAUGGGAAUGUUCUUGUUCAUUGUCAAAGUGGAAUAUCACGAAGUGCUACAA